AUGUCGGUCAUUGGCAUAGAUCUGGGCAACAGAAAUUCGAUCAUCGCCGUUGCCCAGCGAGGCGGCAUCGACAUCGUGUUGAAUGAGUGCUCCAACCGCCACACGCCGUCGAUGGUGGGCUUUGUGGGUCAGGAGCGCUCGAUCGGCGAGGCGGCCAUGGUUCAGUACGCACGGAACAUCAGAAACACUGUGGCCCAGGUCAAGCGCCUGAUCGGUCGCAAGUGGAAUGAGAAGGAGCUGCAGGAUGAGCUGCCUCUGCUGCCCUUCAAGGUGAAGGAAAUCGGAGAUGGCAAGAUCGGAAUCGAGGUGAGCUACAACGGGGAGCAGGUCACCUUCACCCCCGAGGAGGUGACGGCCAUGGUGCUGGUGCAGCUGAAGGCUAUCUCGGAGAACUACCUCAGGACCAAGGUCAAGGACGUCGUCAUUUCCAUCCCCGGCUUCUUCACCUCCGCGCAGAGGAGAGCUCUGCUCGACUCUACGCAGAUUGCGGGGCUCAACUGCCUGAAGCUCGUCAACGAGAUCACCGCCACCGCGAUCGCCUACGGCAUCUACAAAACCGAUCUCCCCGAGAGCGACCCCAUGCACGUCAUGUUUGUGGACAUUGGCGAUUCUCACAUGAGCGUGGGCGUCGUCGCUUUCCAGAAGGGCAAGCUCCGGGUAUUGAGCACGGCCUACGAUAGAACGCUGGGCGGCAGGAAUUUUGACCGGGCUUUGGCCGACCACUUCGCCAAGGUCUUCCAGGACAAGUACAAGAUCGAUGUCAAGUCCAACAUGAAGGCCUGGAUCCGCCUCGAGACUGCUUGCGAAAAGGUGAAGAAGAUUCUCUCCGCCAACUCGCAGGCACCCCUCGCCAUCGAUUCUCUCAUGGAGGACAUCGACGUGAGCGCCAUGGUCACCAGGGAGGACUUUGAACAGUUCUGCGCUCCCCUCUUCGAGAGGCUGCAGGAGCCCCUCAAGCAGGUUCUCGCGGAGACUGGUCUGUCCGGCAGCAGCUUGCACGCGAUUGAGCUUGUCGGGGGUGCCAGUCGCAUGCCCCAGCUGGCCCCCAUCAUUUCCAAGCUGACCGGCAAGGAGUUCUCGCGCACCAUGAACGCCGAAGAGUCUGUUGCCCGAGGUGCGGCGUUGCAGUGCGCUAUGCUCAGCCCCACCUUCCGUGUGCGCGAGUUCAAGGUGGAGGACAGCAACCCCUACCCCAUCAACCUCGUCUGGAAGGACCUCGACUCCGAAUCCAUGGAGACCGAAGAGCCCACGGAAAUCUUCCCGAAGAACUGCGUGGUGCCGGCCAUGAAGAUCAUCACCUUCCCGCGAGGCAAGCCCUGCGAGAUCAAGGCCAGCUACGCGCCCACGGCGGAUCUGCCCCCGGGCACCUCCGCCUUUAUCGGCAAGUGGGUCAUCCCCACCGUCCCUCCCACGGAGUCAGGCGAGUCGGCCAAGGUUCGCGUCAAGGUCAAGCUCGACGGGAAUGGUAUCUUCUCCGUGGAGUACGCACAAAUGAUCGAAAACGUGGUCGCCAGCAAGGAGGAGGACAAGAAGGAGGCCGCCGCCGCCGCCGCCGCCGCCCAGUCGCCCAAGGACGACGACGACAAGAAGGCCAAGGAGGGUGACGAGAACAAGAGCGCAGAGAAGAAGGAGGACGCGAAGAUCACGACGAAGCGGACGAACCUCUUUAUCCAGGAGGUGACCGACGGCAUGCCCCCCGCCCAAAUCCAGGCCCUCGCCGCCGAGGAAAAGCAGCGUCUGGCCAAGGACACCGAACUCCGGGAGACGGCUGAGGCAAGGAACGCGGUGGAGGCCUACGUCUACGACACGCGCAGCGACCUGAACGGCAGCCUUCUUCCCUUCGUCCUCGAGGCCGACAAGGACGCCUUCUACAGCCAGCUCAACGAGGCCGAGGAUUGGCUCUACGGCGAAGGUGCCCAGGCGACAAAGCAGGCCUACCAGGAAAAGCUGGCGCAGCUGAAGAAGGUCGGUGAGCCCAUCCGUAUUAGGCGACGAGAGGCUGAGGAUCGUGACGAUGCCAUCGAAAAGCUCCGCCAGGCCAUGGAGAACUACCGCCUUCUCGCUCAGUCAACCGGGAUGCAGGACCCCAAGUACGAGCACAUCCCUCAGGAGGAACGCCAGAAGGUACUCAACAAGGUCAAGGAAGCCGAGGACAGCGUGCUGCCAAAGGCAGAGCAGCAGAAGACGCUUCCCUCCACCGCCGACCCUAUCAUCUGGGUUGCUGACAUCACUCACACCAAGGAGAACUUGGACACCUUUGUCUCGACCAUCAUGAACAAACCGAAGCCCAAGCCUGCUGCCCCUGCGCCCAAGGAAGAGCCCAAAAAGGAAGAAAGUGCCCCUAAGGAGGAAACUGCUGAGCCAACUGAGAAGAAGGAGGCUGACAUGGAUGUGGAGCAGUGA